UCGUGUUCUUAUACACCAUAUCAUGUGCAACUUUUGAAGAAUUGGCAAACUAGAAAUGCGUUAGCACGUUACCAGUAGUAUAAUUUGAACGAGAAAGACAAAAAUGAGUGACCAUUUCUUCUGCAUGUCGUGAAAAUGUCUGAAAUGUAUAAUUUUACACGGAAGCUUUUAGGACAUGACUGCAGACGCAAAACUGUUGCAUCCUUUUCAGACGUAAGGAUGAGCGACAUCCCUGUAAAGGUGGGUAUACGGGCCCGUCCACCCCUCCCGAAAGAGAUGGAAGAGCAGUUAGAGUGCUGCGUCGAAGUUAUACCUGACAAAGCCCAAGUCGUAGUAGCUGCAGAAAAGGGCUUCACAUUCGACUACGCCUUCAACAACACUGCGAGCCAAAACGAACUCUAUGCUACUUGCGUGAAGGACCUGGUCUCAAAAGUCAUAUCUGGUUACAAUUGCUCGGUCAUGGUGUACGGGCAGACCGGCUCGGGAAAGACCUAUACCAUGGGAACCGAGUACGGACAUCAGUCCAUAGCGGAACAGGAUUGCGGUAUCCUGCCGAGAGUUCUGGACGACAUUUUUCGGUGCGUUCAAAACGCAGAGAACGGAGAGUGGACGGUGCAGGUGUCCUUCCUGGAAAUCUACAACGAGUGUGCCUACGAUCUCCUGACGACAAAGAACAGAGAGCCCCUGGUCAUUCGCGACACGGGAAAAGUUGUGCUUCCAGGGCUGGAGCUUGUAACAGUCGAGAGCAUCGAUUCUGCCUUAGCCUGUCUGGAGCGGGGCUGUCGGACACGGAGCACGGGCGCAACUCUGCUGAACAGCACUUCCAGCCGAUCCCACGCGAUCUUUACUGUGCACCUUCAGUGUCUUGCGGAAGGGACCAUGCUGACAUCUAAGCUCCAGCUGGUCGACCUGGCUGGAUCGGAAACUGUGAAAAAAACCCACAGCAUCGGCGACCGACGAAAAGAAGGAGUAAACAUCAACCUCGGACUGCUUGCCCUUGGCAACGUUAUAAAUAGCCUUCGCUCUGACAACGGGAAAACCCCAUACAUUUCCUAUCGUGGUUCUACACUGACGCGGCUCCUCAAAGAUACCCUGAAUGGCCAGAACUUCACAGUGAUGAUUGCCUGCAUAAGUCCCGCACUCAGCAACGUCGUCGAGACUGUGAACACUUUGCGUUUUGCUGACCGUGCCAGGCAGAUAAAGACGAAGCCUGUCAUUAACAGGAGCAACAAAGAAAACGCGUACCACCGUGCGCUGGAAAACAUUCCUCCAACUCCGGCGUUCUGGCGUCAUUCUGGGCAGCAGCAAGCCUUCAAGACACCGCUGCACCCAACGAUGAACAAGCCCAAUGCCGAAUGUCACCUGCAAAGUACAUUGCUCGAACCCACGGAGGAGGACUGCACGAUCCACUCCUUUCCUCACCGGAGCCCUAUUACUCCAAGUUCCGCCACUCCGCAUACAACUCUCGCUCAGCAGACCAUUCCUAUCACGCCACUCAUAGAAAGAAUGUGCAGCCGCCUCGAGAAGACCAUGUUAAAGGAUGUCGUAAGUCGCCUGGAAAAAUUUGCUGCGCUGUCGAGGGACCAAACAGUAAUGGAAGCCACGCCGAAUGAUGUGAAGCUGACACCUCAUCAGAUGACAGUGUUGGACGCCAUCAAGUCUGCGAAAAGGAACUUUUCAGAGCAAACAGUAGUGCAGGACAGUUUGGCUUCCCCAAUACUUGCCACUGCAAGGACUCCGCGAGCAAAGAAACCCAUGGACGACGUCACAAACCUUCCCGUGUCCGCCGUUGCUCACAGGACGCGUCGUCGCACCACCAUGUUUGUGAGGCGCGUCGAGCGGGACGACAGCCCGGAGCCUCUGCCAGCCAAGAGGGGACGAAAAAGCGUGGCAUGCUUUGGAUGCAGGCCAGCUACCAGCAAACCCGUUAUACAGCCUGUGAGUGCGGAACAGGCACAACGAAAUCACAACAAGGAUGUCUUGGCACUCCUCAAUUCUGGGUCAGAAAAAAAGCUGUGUGCCUUGUCAUGUGUUGGUGUCAAAACAGCAAAGAUCCUGUGCCUCCACACCUCACUUCGGGGGAAGCUCGACACAUUUGAGGCACUCAAAACUGUGCCUGGCCUUGGUGCCGCCUUUUAUAAGAGGUUUAUGGCUGCAAAUGUUGUAACAGUUUAGUUUUCUAGUACUAUUUAGUACUAGUGUGUACAUAUUUACUGGCCUAAUAUUAAUGUCUUUGUCUGAGCAAGUUAGCUGUUGUUGUUGUUGUUAUCACGUACACUUUUACACAUGUGUACAAGGCAUCCAAAAACACUCCAAACUCCAAAGCAGAGAAGUUAAUGCGGAGGUAUACAUUUAUCAUUGCUCAUACAUACUUGCAUCGACAUAGUCACAAUUUUGCAUGCAACAAUUCCUUAGCUGGUUUUGUUCAUUUUAUGCUUGUAUAUAGAACCACCUCGGCUUUUGUGUUUCAAAAGAAGAAAGUGAUUGUGAGUUUAUUGCUGUACUGACAGUAGUUUGUACCCAUUUAAUAUAUAUCUAUCUAUCUUUGUA